AUGUCUUCACCUCAAAGAGAAGGGUUCAGUAUCCCAGCUUCCAUCUCCCAUGCUGCUCUCGGUCAAGUUACAAACAAGUCCUUAGGUGUUAGAUAUAACUGUGCUCAAUGUGCCGCUUCUUUUUCUUUGAGCAAGAACGAUGCCAUCAGAUGUAAGGAAUGUGGUCACAGAGUCAUUUACAAGGCUAGAACUAGAAGAGUCGUGCAAUUUGAAGCUCGUUAG